GCGGACGUCGAUGACGUGUUCACACGUGAUCGUGGUCCACAUCCGCUUGCUUCAGUGGGCUAUAACAGACGUCGACAUUUUCACUUCUCGUUUACGGAUUUGUAAUUCUUAGACACUAAAUUGUUUUCGUCAACUAUGGAAACGCAUUGGCAUGAAAUGAAAUCAUCAUCUUCUGUCGACUGAACUAAGUUAAAAGUCACAUUGACCAGUAUUGCGGUUCAAUUUGGACCUUUUCCCUCGCGAUGUAUACUUUGUUGUCUGGAUUCUAUAAAUACAUGUUUCAGAAGGAUGAAUACUGCAUUCUAAUUCUUGGAUUGGAUAACGCUGGGAAAACGACCUUUUUGGAACAAACCAAAACAAAGUUCAGCAAGAACUAUAAGGGAAUGAAUUUGUCCAAGAUUACAAGUACAGUUGGACUGAACAUUGGAACUAUUGAUGUGGGCAAAGCGCGUCUAAUGUUCUGGGAUCUGGGAGGCCAGGAGGAACUUCAGUCUCUUUGGGACAAAUACUAUGCAGAGUCCCACGGAGUUAUCUAUGUGAUCGACUCAACUGAUGAAGAACGACUUUCGGAAUCAAAGGAAGCCUUUGAGAAAAUGAUAAGCAGCGAUGUGUUGGAAGGUGUCCCGCUCCUUGUUCUGGCCAACAAACAGGACGUACUGAACUGUUUGUCCGUACCAGAUAUUAAAACAGCCUUCAGUGACUGUGCACCCAAGAUUGGCAAGCGAGAUUGUUUGGUCCAACCAUGCACUGCCUUGUCAGGGGACGGAGUCAACGAAGGCAUCGAAUGGAUGGUGAAGUGUGUGAUCAGGAACAUUCACAGGCCCCCCAGACAGAAGGACAUCACAUAGAAGGGAAUCAAAGGCCUUUCCUGUCAUUUUGGACUCUUCAUCUCGAAUAUUAGAGCUGAAAUUUCACCCUGUCUGCUCUGACUGUGACCAACUUGACUCUUUUCAGGGAGUCGCUGAUGGCGUAGGGGUACACGUGCGUGUCUUGUGUGCUGACAUCGUGAGUUCGAUACCCACAUAUGACGGUGUGAGUGACGGUGUGAAUGUGUGUAUGAAUGACACAAAAAAAAAAAAAAAAGCUUGAGUUUUUUCUGCUUUCGGAAUGACAGACAAGAGUGUCUCUCACUGAUAUUAAACGGUUAUCUUUCCUCACAUUUGUAAAGAUUGUCAACUUCAUAUGACUUUUGUAAGCGUCAACAUUCCCCAUUGGAUAACGUUUAAUGAUACUUCAAUGCCAGCAAUGAAAACGCGCAAGCGACCUCUCAGUGGAGGUCUGCAGCCAGGAAGGCUUUUAUUUUGAAAUGAACCGCGCGCAUAUCCUGUCCCGUCACAGUGGAGACUCCAGCGGAAGCGACCUCACAGUGGCGGCUUUAUUUUGAUAUGAACCGCGUGCAUAUCAAAAUGUGUCAUUAAGUUUUAACUUGGAUGCCCACAACAUCUCUACUUCUAAUUGAAUACCACAACAAUGGAAAAAUAAAUACAUAUUUAAG